AUGUACAAAAGUCCGGAAAUCGUUGUAAUCCAUGAAUUCCUGUCGGAAUGCGAGACACAAACCAUCAUCUCUUCAGCGCAGCCAUCAUUGCAGAGGAUAUACUUCGGACGUAAUGGUAAAGUGGAUGCUGUCAACAGUAUUCAUAAACGACUGGCGGUCGGUAGUCGUCAUUUGGAGAGACACAACAAACUCAUGCCCACAAUCAGCCGACGUAUCUGUGCCAUCACUGGCCUCAACAUGGAGGUCACCGAACCAUCCAAUGUUGCUAACGACUACUACGGCAAAGCAUUAUCCAAAUAUACCUUUCGUAAGUAUAGUGUCGGCGGCUAUUUUGAACCCCACUUCGACAGAUUUGCAAAGCUUAACCCAAACGCGACAUAUGUAUAUGGGCGUAUCGCCACGUGGCUUAACUACCUGAGCGAUGUGGGUGCCGGUGGGGCCACUGUAUUCCCACUCAUCAACGUGACGGUCUGGCCCACAAAAUACUCGGCACUAUUUUGGCAUAAUUUCGACAAAUCAGGUGAACCCGAUUGGCAGACACUGCACAGCGGGUGUCCAGUACUGGUGGGACACAAAUGGAUCGCCACGAAAGGGAUUCACUUCAUGGGGAAUGAGUUUCGCAAACCAUGCAAUCCAUACGAUCGACAUUCACGUCUUUACAUUCAAUGA